GGACAGGUUACCUGGUAACCACUCAAACACUGUGAUGAUAGGAUGGCAAUGCGGAAGAGCUCAAAGUCUAAAACAAGCAACAACUUGGUGAUCACCUCAGUUGCCUUUCAAGACCACAUCACACGGACCCUGCUGCAUCCAAAUUUCUCAUUUUCUGACCCUUUGCUGAGAUGCAAAAGAAACACACCCAAAAAUCCACAUGCAAGAGGAAGAGUGGAGAAUGGUCUGCAGCAGAGACAGGAUGGAGGAAAUGAGAGAGAAUAUGUCCUCGAUCCUGCUCCACCUCCUUUAACAUUAGCUCAGAAAAUGGGUUUGGUGGCUUCCCCCGCAGAGAGACUGACAGAGGACGAAUGGAUGCAGGUCAAGGCGAGGUCUGUUCAGCAGGGGGAAUCAGCUCAGCCCUGUGCAAUAUGCAGGGAGGAGUUUCGCCUCCAGCCUCAGGUGUUGCUGUCAUGCUCUCACGUUUUCCACAGAGCAUGUCUGCGGGCCUUUGAGAGGUUUUCUGGGAGGAAAUGCUGUCCUAUGUGCAGAAGGGAGCAGUAUGAGACUCGGGUGAUACACGAUGCAGCUCGUCUCUUCAGACACCAGUGUGCUACCAGAAUUCAGGCGUGCUGGCGAGGCUAUGUUGCUCGGAGGUGGUACAGACAUAUGAGGAAAACAGUCUGCCCAAAAGACAAAGACCUGCGCCGCAAAUUCUUUGAAGCAAAGUUGCAGGAGUUGAAUGACAGCUUUGUCCGAUACUGUCACACCGACACGGAGGCUUUUCUGAGUGAUAUCGACCGCUCCCUGUCAUCAAGCAGACGAGUGUUCGAGCAGCUGGAGAGAAAGAGCAUCUCCGAACCACAGGAGAACGACUGGGACCGAAUACAGAGCCAGGUUAUCCAGAGAGGUGUCUGGGACUGCCCCAUCUGCCUGACUGCACUGUGCAGCUUGGACAUCCCAACAGAAGCUGAUAGAUCCAGCCAUCAACAACGCAGACGAACCGUGCUCCUCUCCUGUUCCCAUCUCUUCCACCAGCUCUGCUUAGAGGCCUUUGAGUCCUUUGCUGCAGACAGCAGACCUUCAUGUCCCCUGUGCAGAUCUGCCUACCACAAAAAACUCAUCUAAAACAGCUUGACGCACUAGCGUAGAGGCCCCUCAGAGCCAAAGUGGAAGAGUAUCCAUUUGCAUCCCCUGGGGUGAUUGGCAGAUCAAGACCAAUUAGUUCAGUGUUACACUGUUACUAGCGUGCAAUAAAAAUACCAUCUUUCAUCUUUGUUACAAGAGUGAAGGACCAAUCACUUUGAUCAAACCUUUUUCUUCCCUCUGUCAUUAUGACACGCCCUGUCUGGAUGGGUUUAAGUAGGCAAAAGAGGUGAGAUAGGCAGGGAGAGAGAGUUAACAGUCUUGUCUGUGCCCUCACAGAUACCUGUCCCGGGAUCUAAGCAAGGGAAAGUUUGAACCCUCCGAGCAAAUGCAGUCACAACACAACAGGAAAUGUCACGGACAGUUCAACAGCUCCUUUUCUCCAGAGAUGAACUGAACGCUCUGCCUCAGGGUAGCCAAAACUGCUCAGCCACAAGUGAACUAAUCUAUCACCUAUGUGCAUAACAUCUCCAAACACGGCCUUACCUGUCACCCAGCACAGAUAAAUCACUGAUCAAAAAGUAGAUUCCUAACAGAUAAAUAGUAGAUCUAACUAAAGACAAAGAACAGUAUCAUCAUUUGUUCCAGGCAGACGGGUAAAAUGGUGAGAAAUUAAACUGCAGUAUCUUCAAUGACAUCAUUCCAAACUGAAGUUAAAUAUAUGCUUCCCCUUCUGCUGCCAGCAUCAAGUAAAAGACUGAGUUACAGUGAGGCAGAGAUGCUGAGUGAGGCUUCUGGCAGCCAGGAAGGCCCAGAGUAAUUCAACGUAUCCUCUCCAACCUUCACCACAGUCGAAAAAUUACGUCAUCUACAAAUAUGCUAAACACCAUGCUGAGACAACAGGGGCACUGGCAAGGUCAUUGUGACGCAUAGCAUCUGGACAGGCACUCUGUUGCUCUGAUAUCAGCAGAUUAGGGUCUUGAAAGGGCGGUGUGAACAAGUAUGUGUGCCACAUGCCUGUGCUGCAGUAUAUUUGUGAACUCUAGUUAUUAUAUUGGACUUUUAGAACACCUUCCAAGCCGGAUUACCUGUUGAAAUCGUACAUACAAUAGUGAAUUAACUGGGCACGGCUUGCAGGCAAGAAAUAUUCAUCUCAAAGAUGUUUUACCAGGUUAAGAUCUGAGUACUAAAAUGAUCUCAAGUACCUUUCCCGUUCUCUUUAGAGGAGGCCUUGUGUAUUACUAAUCUUCUUGAAGUACUGACUUAAAACUGUUUGCAGUGAAACCAUUAAAAAAAUGCAUCUGAUCAAAAACUGGUACUCUGGCUUCUGAUAUGAGCUGAGUGAAAAUUCUUCAAAUUAUCAUGCCAUCACAUCCUGUUUGUUGUUUACAUUUGAGAGGCAGGAGAUACUAUGUUUUAAUAUUUUUGCUUGAAGCAUAACUUUUAUAUGAUUGAGGAAUUAUUCAAAUUGUUGCCAAUUCAAUUAGUUUCAGACCCAGUAACAAAUUACCGUUUCUGUCUGGAACAUGUAAAAUGUUGUAACCCUUAGUCUGAAGGCAUUUAAAAGCACAAUUGUGUAAGCGAAAAUGAAAAAAAAAGUUUCUCGUAAAUUGAAUGUCAGCAGCUUACUUAGAAGUUCGAGGAGCAUGUCUCUAAACAUUUUACUUGUUAGAUUCAUCAUGCCCCUGACAAAGAAAACAGACACACAUGUCCAGUCAGCCAAUUUAAGCCAUAACGUUCCGAUCUGCAAGAAUUAAUACGUCAACAAUGCCAUUACAAAUGGGCAAUUGCAUGUAGAGGGAGUACAACAAAGGCGCAGACGUGUAAAUAAACAUAGAUGUAUCAACUGAUGUGGCUCAACCGUCCACAUCUACAAACACAAACUGACUAAGAGGAUAAUCUUUUCGAGGGGCUGGAUGCAGAGAGAACACAGGUGAAGCAAGAAGACAGCAUUGCUCACCUCUGGAGUGUGUCCUGUGAACUGUUGUUGAACUGCCUUCUACUCAACGCUCUCAGCAGAUCAAAGGAACGCCACUCUAGCCUUUAGUUUCACUAUGUGUGAGCACGGAUGUUGAGUGUGUGCGCGUACAUACAGUGUGUGCAUGAAAACAUUCAUGUCAACAUCCUCCCGUGCCUUUAAUUCCCACUUCUUUAACAGGGAAAAAUGAACUGCAGCUUGGCCUCAGUGCACACAUGGAGAUGUUGACCACUGUUAUUUUUUUUUUGCCACACAGUGACUUGUAAAGAUCAAACGGUCUCGGGGAUGAUAAGGAACAGAUUACAAUUAUUCUAUCAUUUAGUUCAAAGCAUUGCAGUGUGGAAUGAGCCCUACGGAACCAUACGCUUAGGUGGCAGUCUAUGGAGGUGGCCGGCGUAGCAUUCAAAAACAAGCGUUAUCAGGGAGUGAUCUCCCUUACCUCCCUGGUUUGAAAGGACACUCAUCCUCUUCAUUUACUCGCAUCUGUACACUUGGUUGCGUGCUUGAGUUAAUAUUAAAGUAGGUUUUGGAACCUGGCCCAAAUACUUCCUGCGUUUUGAGAUAAUUCAACGUCAAACGAGGAAUUUAGGAACAUAGAGGGGUGGACAUGAAAAGGAAAUGCAGGCGUCCUUAAACUCUUUAAACUUUCCCUUUGUGCCCAGCACAAGACUCCUGGUUUUCUUUUCAGAAGUCACUGAAAAGUUGCUGCUCUUUAAUGUCCACAGCACCAAGCCAAAACUUCUUGUAAAAGAUUUCAUUUCCAUCCUAUUACCCAGGCUACCAUUCUAGGCCUGACAUUAAAUGAGGCAAUCAUUUUGCCAGCAGUGACAGUGGCACUGGAGUGUCUUAAAUGGAUCCUUAAAAACUUCCUAAACAUAAAAUAUGGUCCUUGCUAUGGUGGCUGCUUUGCCCUUAAGCAGAAAGUUAUGAGAGUAAGACAGUGAUAGAGGAAGGCUGGUGUCAAAUGUGUGUGAAUUUUUCUGAAUGUCUGUCUGUGCAUGCGUGUGUGUAUGUGCGAGCACGCGCCUGGCUGAAUUUUCAAUGCUAAUUGAUUCCAGUGUGGCAUGCUUCAUCACACCCAAUAGGGCAGUCAACCCCUCCCCUCCCCUAUAAUGU